CUUGAAUACCCCACCCGGUCUUUUUUACGAUUCAUCGUUCUCUGUUUCGAGCUUGUUCUGCUAAGGCCGGCGACAAGUUGCGACGAAAUCCAUGGCGAAGCUCACGAAGAACCAUUGAGCCACACGGCAGCUUGACCAGACCAAGACGUGAUCCUGAGACUCUUGUUGGCUGACUGCUUGCCAUCAUCACAUCGAGGUGUCGCUGAAUGUCAUGCAUUUGCUGUCCACCUCGUCUCUGUUUCCUCCAUUGCCCAUGUCCCUCAUAUUCUCGUUGAGGUGAAACCGUUUCCAGCCCUCACCAAAUGGCGGCUAUGACUCGACCAGGCAAUGUGAGCAUUGGACUAAGGGCAUCAGCCUGCAUCAGCGCGGCCAACUCUCGAUUCGAUUCGAAUACAAACAAGACUUCGUUGACAGCUGCCACCCGCGGAACGCCCCUAAGAAGGAAGAAUGCAUUCACGAUCCGUCCACUUCAUUUCAUUCCGGGGUUCCUCGCGAGCGCUUCGAUCGCCGCUUAAAAAGCGGAAGGCUGCACUGCGCACUUCCGCCCUCGCUCUCUGUCCCCGCCAGCCAUGUCGUCGUCGUCGUCAUCGCACUACGGCACAUUCACCGAGCCUCCGCCGCCAAGCUACGACGAGGAGAAGCAGAUCGCUCGAGCCGCAGCCGCGCCCGUGACCUGGAUAGACUGGCUCAUCGCCCUGCUCGUCGACUUCACCACCUGCGUCUUCGCCUCGACGGCUCUCCUGAUCGUCCUGCUUCUCGUCACCGGAAUCGAGCCUGAGCACAUCUCGGUCCCGCUCGCAUUCGAGAUCACGUUCUUCUUCACGGGAGUUGUUAUCGGCAUGUUCGAGCUGGGGCGCUGGUGCAUAGAUCGCUCGGGGAGUGGUCAUUGUACCAUUGAGAGGGGCUCUGGAGAGAGCAGAGGGCUGCGGGAUGGCUCAGACACUCGGCAGCAGAUGGUCUAGCACUUCCCAGCACACAUUCAGAUGCGCCGUUCCUUGUUCGUUGUAUCACCACUCUCGCUUGUAUCUCUCUUUUUCAUGGAAUUGGGAAUCGUAAUGCGCCUUGUUUCAAAUCUGAAUCGUGGGGUGGGCUCUCUCCUAUCGUAGUGUCGUGGCCCUCUAGCAGAGGAGCUAGAACAUGACGAGCGGUGAGAGGGAUGUGGACCGAGAUCAAUGAGUGAGUGGAUGUGGAUCGUGAAAACAGGCGAGGGAUACGUUUCUAUGGUAGGAAGAGAGGGCACCCAGGGAUGGCCAUUGUGGGUUUUGGGGAGAGUAAAAAGGUCUCACUCUGAGAGAUGUCCGCGGGGUGGAUCGAACACCCGGCUCUUCGGAUUGUGUCUAUACCACAACGAAGUGAUUUAGCCACUAAUCGACGCAGACCGGAAUCGACGCUUCGAACUUGGCACUGGCAGUUGUUUCACUGCUGGACCGUGUGUGAUACUGGAGCCUGUCACCGUGACAGCCAAUCAUUGUCUCUCUGCACUACCCAUCCAGUCCGUCGACGCAUAUCACGCAAGUCGGUCAUGUCGUCCUCGUCUCUGUAACAUCUUCCUCCUCGAGCAUCGACCCCGCGCCGCCCAACCUGAUCUCGCACUGCUCCUCCUCCUGUGGCAUCCUGUGACUCGGCACCCUCAAGUCCAGCGCGGCAUCGCGGAGCGCAAGCAGACGCAUAUGCGCGAUGGCUGCAGCGCCCCCGCGCCGGGCAUGCGUCGUCUCGAGUAUCCGGUCCCAGUCCGGAUACCGCCGUUCCCGCAGACGGUCCCAGAUCCAGCGCGAGCCCGGUCCAAUAAGAUGAGCGAGGUCCGGAAGCCACAGGUUGUCGCAGAUGCGGAUCCACUUCAUCGUGCGACUCUGUGAGGGCAUGCGGGUGUUAGUCGAGAUCAGGGGUUGGAGAAUACGAGACACUCACGGGGGAGAGUGCAUUCAAGCAGGGAUGGGCAGGAUUCGCCCCAGGAUGUGACAGAUUCAAAGGCCCCGUCCAUGUUUGGCUCAAUUGGCACGAAAACCGAGUCAAGAGCCGGCGUAUCGCGUCCAGCUGUUCAAGCGGUCAACUCCAGAUCGGCACGAAGAACAGGUUCGUCAGACUGAGCGCAUAGAUGUGCGGAAGAUGCCAUGAGAUCUGCUCGAGCAGGUCGAGAUUCCAGCUGUGUCUCCGGCACGCCAGGACGUUCAGCGUGUCCGUGCUGCGUCGCUCGAGGGCGGCAAACACGUCCUGGUUGUCCCGGGCCUCGUCUGCGUCGUCCCACGUGAUGAAUGCGGCGCGUAACGACGCGUGUCGGGCCACGGGCGCCAGGCACGUACUGUUGCCGACGAAGUACUCGAGUCCGGGUAACCGGAUUUCGCCCCCCAGGCUCGUGGGCUCUAGGCUGUCGAGCUGGAGGUAGCUGAUCCUGGGGUGCCGACUCAAAAACGCCGACAUCCGCUCGUCGAGCGAGAAACAGCUCUCGAGAUGCGUCAGCCACGGAAACGAGCACUGCUGGAGCGCGGAUACGAAGCUGCUUGUCGUCUGCUCUGGGGCGAAGAUGACGAGCCGGGUCACAUUUGUCAGGCGGACGAGGCAGUGUUGCACCAGGGCGGAGAACGAUGCAAGGGAUAUCAAUUCGCGUCUGUGCGUAAGCGUUCACCUCAAUGCUUCGCACCGCCAGCGGAUUCGGCGUCGCCACAAUGGCCCGGAAGCACUGCACUAGAGCCGACGGGGAGCGGAGAACGAUGUGCCCAUAGAUGAAUCGUAUGCAGAGGGAAUGGAAUGCGUGCGAGACGCGGGAGAGCGCCAGAUACGACUUCGGGAUGGGAGGAAGGAACGCGAUGAUCUCCUCGACUAUCUCUGGUGCAAGAGCAGCUAAGGAAUGUGCUGACGGUGACGACGGCAACGACGAGGACGAGCGAGAAGAGGAUGCCAUAGCCAGGUUGUUCGGGAGGUCUCCGUCCUCAAUUUAUGACGCUGCUGCCGCACGCGAAACACGAGGCGGUAACCACGGGUGCAGUUCGACCAGCAACAGAGCCACAGGACAAGACAGAUGCAGCGUGACCACGACUGGUGGUAGCAGCAAAUAGAAGGACAGCAGCCCUUCUACUUCUCAGGCUGGACCGGCGUUCAAAAGGGCACCGAGCGGCCCCGGCUACGUGUGAGGAGAGAGAAUUAGAAGCGGGAAACGUGAGCUUGCCGGUACCCGAAUCUUCCACGCGGGUUGACAUCUCUGGUACCUCCCGGCAACUGUCUAAACCUGUCUACGCUCUAUUUCAGGUCGUGCAGCAGCCUGUGAUUUAGUCAUUGAUGAUGUGUGUUAUACCGGACUCUGCCAUCAAUGCGUACACGUUUUGGGUAUGAAUGAACCUCAUUCAAGUUUCCAGUGGUCAUUGACGCAGCGUCAUCCCGCUCCCGCUUGAAGUGCUCGCGGCUAAGGGCGAGGUCAACCACGCCGUCGUAACCUCCGGUGCUGUUACUUAUCUCCGACUUGGUUUUCUCUGCGAGUUACCUCGCUCCCUGGACCCGGCUAUUUUUGCCGUCCACUGCUUUUACCGCGCUAAAACCCGCUUGAACCCUCGCUACUGUGUGGCCUCCCCGGGGCCCCGAGGAUACUUAUGUCAAGGGGGGGGCGAAUAUUUCUUCAGUGUCUGGCAAGCAUAAAAGAAUCCUCAUGCUUAUUGUAAAAGCGGGGGAACCCGAAGCCAGAGGAACAGAGCGGACAAUGACAAAGUGGCCCGACUUGUAUCAAAAUGGACGCACAGGGAUUUGAACCCUGGACAGCUCGCAAACACAAGAAUGCAAAGCGAGCAUGAUACCACUACAUCAUACGCCCGUGAGCUGCCCCGACCGGCUCAAGAAGAUGAUCUGACUUUGUCUUCUCUCGUGAAACACUUGAGCGCCAACAUUGAUCUAUUACGGACGUGCACCAAGCACAUGCAGAUGAUAGAGCAAUUUACAUGCGUGUUUUCCUUUCAAAGUAAAAAAGGGAUCGCCUAUGCGUUCAAGUGAGUUAUCAUCUGUUAAUCAAAGUGUAACCGUCCUAUGCGCAGCGCAAGUCCAAUAGACAGGCUGACGAUCCCAAGUCGUGCUCAGCGAUACACCGUUUGAGGAGGUACAUUGCGAGAAAGAGAAAAAUGGCAUCUUCAGCCGAUUUCAGAGUCACCACCAGCCUUUGCAGUUGCUUCGCUGGCCGCAAGAUACGGGCCAGGGCGGAUGCGAGCUGGGACAAGACGGUCAGUGGGCGGCAGCACAGACAUGUGGAGGAAUACAGACUCGUUUCAAAUGCUCGGUUGCGAUAACGUCGACUGAAAUCGACAGUUCCAACACGGUCAGGGCUGGGAGCCACUCGCAUAUAUGCACGCAAUUCGACAACUCUGCGACCGUGAUCGAGCACCAAAGGGCCCGGAGUGACGACAAGUCAAGCUUCGCCAAGGUCGCCCAUGACAUGCAGUCCGAGUUGACUGUGAGCCUUGCAACACAAGAGGGCGCGAGGGCCGCAGCACCAGAGAGUAGAAACGGAAGGCAGUCCUCCGGGGUGAUGAGCUUUCUGAGCCUCGGGAACAACCGCUCGCCCCUGUCUCCCACAUCCGCAACCCACGUUGCGACGUCCAGCUUGAGGCGCUCUACGUUCGGAAACACGCGCGCCAGGAUCAGGACCUGCGAGGCGCCGAGUCGGAAGCAGCUCACGCUGAGCGAUGUCACGGCGGGGAACUCCAGCGCGGCGAGCCGUGAGCCGAUGACAAGGCAACCCCGGAAGUGGAGGGUCACAGUGCGCAAGCGGGAAGGGUCCACGAGCUCCAUGAGGCACAGAUGGGAGGUGAGCGAAUCGCGGCUGCGCUGGCGCGAGGCAUGGAGGACUAGCCGGUCCACACGCAGCAAAGAUACGGAUUUCGUCGUCUCCAUUGCUGGUACUAUAACUCCGCCAUCAAUCACCAGUUCCUCCAGCCCUGCAUGUAUCUUCUCCAGGCCAAGUUUCCCUACAUGCACCGCCGAGUCGUACCCAAAUACGAGCUCGAGCCGGCGCAGGCUCUUGAAAGUCGGGAGAGUCUUCAGCAGAGCCACGACGAGCUCGUUAUCGCUCGCACGCGACACGCUGCCGACCUGCGCGCCGUCAUUAUUCGCGGUCCGCGCAAGACAUGGCCGCAGGCUGCAGUCGAUUGCAAGGUUCCGGACGCAGAGCCUGGUUUCCCUGCUCCUCAGGGCAUCGAGGCGCGCCAGAAACGCCAAGUCUUUCGUGUUCGGGCCCAGGUGAAUACGAACCUUGCGGAAGAGGAGGGGAUGGGCGAUGUCGUGGAAGUUCCACGAUAGGAGGUGGAUGGCACAGAGGUCGGCGGGGCCGAUGUUCUCGAGCACGAGCGACCACAGUUCUGGUGGGAGGUGCAUGGAGGGCAGAGCCAAGAGUGCUUGGAUAGUGACGCCUCCGCUCACGAGUGACGGUCGCUAAUGAACAGGAGAUAUCAUACGUGCGCGUGAGGAAUGCAGCCCUCAGUUACGGACCGUGCCUGAUGCAGAUCUCUGUGAGUGAGAAGCUGCGACAGGAAGACACUGGGCACACCUGGCCCCAGAUGCCACCACAAGAACGAUUGCAAGUUGGUCCUCUCGUUUCCAUUUGGUCGGCCAAGCUAAUAGUUCUUCUAUCGGCAAACGUGCGGCGAUACGCUCGCUGCAUGGUGCCGCAUCGGUGCAGGAUUGACGCUCCCGCCACGGGCCGGCCUAGGACCCCUCAUCCUGACGCACACAUGCCUCACAGUCUGCAUUCGCACUCUGGACAGUUCUGCAGUCACGCGGUCGGGUCUCUAGAACAUGUCGUGCUGGCUGCGAUCGAGAAGGGGUUCCAGAUCUACGGACUCAGCGAGCAUGUACCGCGCUAUCGAGAAGACGAUUUGUACCCCGAGGAGCGAGAACUCACGCUUCAAGACCUCUCUGAGCGAUUCGGCCGAUACCUCGAUGAGGCGCAUAGCCUGAAAAUCAAGUACGCCAGCCAAAUCACGCUUCUGGUCGGGCUGGAAACGGAGUACAUCACGGAUGACGACUUGGAUAAGCUCGAAGCGCUGUUAGCGCGGUAUGGCGAGCGCGUGGAAUACCUCGUUGGAUCGGUGCACCACGUCAACGGCCUGCCGAUCGACUUCGACGUAGCCACGUAUCGCUCUGCCGUCGCCUCGGACCACGGCCGCUUCCUAUCCCGCUAUUUUGACGCGCAGUACGAGCUCUUGCGCCGGUUCAAGCCGGAGGUCGUCGGGCACUUGGAUCUGUGCAGGCUCUACACGCCGGAUUUGCGGCUCGCGGAUUUCCCGGACGCCCUGGGAGGUGCCCGACGCAACAUCCUGUUCGCGAUCGAAUAUGGCGCGAUCUUCGAGAUCAACGCUGCUGCUCUGCGGAAAGACUGGACAACGCCUUAUCCAGGGCCGGAUUUACUCCAGUCAGAUAUCGAGCGGGCAGCAAUCAAGGCAAAGCCACAGUGCCGGAACUGCUCCAUUGUCUACGGCAACCUUCUUCAGGUCUUGUGCGGGAGCUGUCUCGAGCUGGCACCAGAUCCUCAAAACAUUCCUCCUGCAAUCGCAGCGAUACCAGGAGCGGUCAGCGCCAUCGUGAAACACCAUUCGGCGACUGAUUUGGGCCCACCGCGAGCGGUCAAUCCAAACCUUGCAAGGGCGCAGCAGGCCAGGCUGACUGGGGGCAGUUCAGGCAUCGGAGUUGGAGCGACGACUCGUGGGAUGCAGAUUGUGCAGCAGAUGCAACAUGCGCGUCAGAAGGCGCACCGCGUCAACUUCGUGGUCACGUUCUCCACUUCGCAACCCAAGAGGGGUGGGGGCAGCACUUUCACACCGGUCCCAGAAGUCACUUUCAAUCACGGUUGUGAUGAGAACGACCUCAUCGAAGACGUUGUCGAGGCCAUGAUACUCAAGACGCAGCAGUAUCACCAAGAGUCGUUCAAAGACACUGGCGCUUCCAAGAUCACGAAGCCCGACAUCACUAUCUAUUCCGUUCCUACCGCAAACUCAGCAAAGCCCUUGCGUAUCUCGAAGGACCUCCUCCGGGGGAAGACGGCGAAAGACGUUCUCGCGGAGUUCUAUACUCAAGAUUAUGUCAACGAGACACAGAUGAAGACCAAUACAAUCAAUCUGCGCUUCAUCGUUCCAAAAGACCAGAUCUGGGUCCUCGAUGAGGAUCAAGCUGGUGUCAGCGCCCGUGUUUCGACCAUGCGUUCCAGCAAACGAGUGUCCCGAGCCGGCGGGUUGACUGACGACACCCCGCGUCGAAGUGGUGCUCUUGUCCGGAAAAGCGCCUAUAUGCCACCUCCGCCUCCGAAACCCCGGCUCAUGCGUGCUAAAGCGAAAACAGCCCAGUAUUGGUUUCGACGCUUUUCAAUGGCCGGUUCAGGGCGUCAGCUGGAGUUCAGACUGGAUGCUGAUGCCAAUAUUGAGAUGAUGGAUGUCGCAGACGACUGGCAGGAUGGGAUGAAGCUCUCCAAGUCCGGAGCACUAUAUGGAAGGCUGUUUGUCGAAAAUCGAGAGUAUGCCAUUGCUCAGGUCGCAGAUCCGGACCAGACAGAGGACACCCAUCUGGAGGUACUCCAAGAGGAGCUGCGGAUCCUUUCCUUCGGAGAUGAGCUUUGGUCAGAGUUCUUGUCAUUUGCGCGAGAGGAAGCGCCGAAGAAUGUGUCCGAUCUGAUCACAGGACUCUCGGUCCGCUUCAACUUCAAGGACGCUUUCGUUGGCAAGUUCGUUCGUGGUUGCUCUGAAGAAGAAUUCUUCGAGCAGCCACUUGUCCAUGCUCACUUCCUUGCUACUCCGCUCUUGCCUUGUGGAUCAAUCGACAAGCCGCUACGCAAAUUCACCGGAAAUGAGAAUUGUGGGGCAGCACCGCACCGUAAUGAUCUCUUGACCGCCUCACUUCAUGCGUUCACUCAUUGGAUGGCACUGUACACAAACGAGGAUGCCCUCAUCUGCGACAUUCAAGGGAUACAAGAGGAAAGUAGCAGUGUGGUCUUGAUCGACCCGCAGAUGCAUACGUCGCAGUCCAACUCACAGCUCCGGAUGUACUGGGACAAAGGACCUCGUGGCAUCGAAGCCUUCCUCGAACACCAUCUGGACAUGUGCGACGAGAAUCCUAUCUGCUAUGGGCUGAACUUGAGGGAGCUUAAGUAUCAGGUGGAGCGACCGAAGACUCCGGAACGUCAGACUAACCGGCGACCUCCUCCUGGGCCCACUUCUCCCCCAGAUAACCGUAAGAGAGCAAAUCGCGGGUCUGAUAUCUCUAGCAUCAUGAAUUAGUAGGUAGUUGAAUGUAGGCAUAUCUAGUUAUGUCUAUGUUCAGUAUCCGGGCAAUGGAAUCGAUCAACUAUGUCUACAAUACAGGAC